AUGUCUGGAAAAGGAGGUGCCUAUAAUACUCGAGCUUCUGAUACAGACUUCCGCAAGAAAUGGGACAAAGAUGAAUAUACAGAGAAGGCUCGGCAGCGGGACCAGGAGGAGAAGGAGCGAAUGAAGGAGAACGAAGAGCGUAUGAAGCAAGGCAAGAAGCCUCGUCGAGGUCACAAGGAGGACCUUCCCAAACCUACCGAGCUUAUGAAACGUCGCGAGGGCUCACUUGAUCUAGACAAGAACCUGAAUAAGACGAUGGUUGUACAGAAUGCUGGCACUCGUGGUCCUGGCGUGCCCGGAUUCUACUGUGAAACGUGUAACCGAACCUACAAGGAUAGUAUAGGGUACUUGGAUCAUCUCAACGGUCGUGCACAUCUGCGUGCAUUGGGCCAGACUACACGCAUUGAACGAUCCACAGUAGAGCAGGUCCGUGCGCGUAUAGCUUACCUCAGGGAGAAGACCCGCGAGGCAUCUUCAGCAAAAUCCUUUGACUUUGAGCAACGACUAGCUGAAGUGCGUGAGCGCGAGGCUACCCUCCGAGCGGAGAAAAAAGCGGCCAAGAAGGCUGUGCGGGAACAAGCUCGUGUAGAGCUUGCAAAGGAUACCGCUGCAGGGCAGAACGAGGCAGAAAAUGACAUGAUGACUAUGAUGGGUUUUAGUGGUUUCGGGACCUCGAAGAAAUGA